AUGGCUUCUAGCCUUCUCAAGCCUCUGGAUGUGUUUUGCAGUCAGUCACAGUCUCAGCGAUACAUCAAAACUAUCAGGAACCUGGGUGAUGCAUGGCGUAGCCUUGCCGAAAUACCUCUUACUGAGUCCGACAAAAACUCCGCUCUGGUAGAAACCAGCUUUGACUUUGUUUUGAAAGUCACAAAUGCACUGGAAGAGCAACAGUCAGAACCAACGACUGUCGAGAUGUCAACCCAGGAGCCUCCUAUUUCUACCACUUCCGUAUCGACCACGACAUCCACGGCAACAGAACCUCCCCUGAAUUAUCGUAUCUUUGCUGAUUACGGCACGGAUUUCAUUUGGCGAGAUCCGGACGACCUCAGCUGA